AUGCUUCUCCUCCGGAGAACUUCAUUAAUUGCGUUAUCACUUGGGGUCUUCACAUUUGUUUUAUUUAUCCAACAACUCGGUCUAAACCCGUUCGGAGCCGGAGCAUAUUAUGGCCAAAAGGGUCCUUUGUACAACCCCUCGGUGUUCAGCCCCGGGGUUGCCAAACCGGCGGGAGAGAAUUACAGUCGCAUCCUCGUGAUGGGACGGCUGGGCUCGGAGGAUAUUUCAUGGGUGGCGCGAGAGUUGCCGGAUCUCCAGACCAAAAUCUACAAUGUGGACGACGUUCCGAGGAAGAGCAAUGGAACGUCACCAGGUUCGUCGGGCCUGCCCGCCAACAAAGGCCACGAGGCAAUGGCGUAUCUCACUUAUAUCAUCGACCACUAUAGCUCGUUACCGGACGUGGUCCUCUUCUUCCACCCGCAUCACAACGCGUGGCACAACAACAUUCUCCUAGACAUCGACUCGGCCAAGACCAUCAAACUCAUGAGUUCCGCGCACGUCACCCGACAAGGUUACUUCAACUCACGCUGCCAUCUAGACCCUGGCUGUCCGGACUGGCUGCACGUGGACCGGCCGAAGUGGCGAUGGGAUCUGAUCCACAAGCCCGAAGAACCCAAACUGACCUCCCAACUCUUCCACGACCUGCACGGAACAGACACGCCGAUCCCAGCCGCCAUCUCGCAACCAUGCUGCGCGCAAUUCGCCGUCUCCCGGGACCGGAUCAUCCAACGUCCUCGCGACUUCUACGUACGGUACCGCGACUGGAUCCUCUCGACGGAGCUUGACGACAAGGAUUCCGGCCGGCUGCUGGAGUACAGCUGGCAGUACAUCUUCACAGGGAAUUUCGAGUUCUGCCCGAUCAUGCACCGGUGCUACUGCGAUGGGUACGGCAUCUGCUUCGAGGGCGAUGCCGGCGUCGACCGCUGGCUCGAUGUCCUGCGCCAGCGCGAAAAGGUCGAUCGCAAACGUGUCGACUUGUGGGAUAAGGGCCGCAAGGGCAGCGAGAAGUAUAAGCAGCUGGACGCCCAGAGCCACCAGCUCACCGAAAAGAUGGAUUGGAUGAGGGAGCAGGCUCUCAGGCGCGGCGCGGAUCCGAAGAUUCGCGCGAUGGAAUGUGGCCGGGAGUGGAAGGAGGGCGACGGUUAUUGA